CUGUGCUGACUGUUUGCUCGCGUGUUAUCUCUUUCAACGCAAACCUGAGUGACAAGUCUUCAGUCUGUGCAGUUUUUUUCAAUCGACAGCGUAUAUCGCAUUCGGUCAACAUAUCCAAACGCAUCUCUCCGUCAUACAAAUGACCGCUUUGAGACGACACGCGAAAGAAUUGUUACGGCGAUUCAUCAUCGACGCGACAAAGAGCAACGCUUCGCACACAUUGGCCGCGCAGCAGCAGCAAGUCGGCAAACAAGAUGAUGAUGAGAUGCUGCGGUUUCGCCCGUACUCGGAUAUUCCAGGACCUAAGCCAAUUCCACUACUGGGCAACACCUGGCGCUUCCUUCCCUACAUAGGAGACUUCGACAUACAAGCUAUCGACAAACUGUCAAAGAGACUUCACGCCCGUUACGGCGACAUAGUGAAGAUAGAAGGUCUCUUGGGUCGGCCCGACAUGGUGUUCGUUUACGACGCGGACGAAAUCGAGCGAAUCUUCAGACAGGAGGAGAGAAUGCCCCAUCGGCCUUCCAUGCCGUCCCUCGAUUAUUACAAACACGUGUUGCGAAGGGAAUUCUUUCGGGACAAUCCCGGUGUCAUCGCCGUUCACGGUGAGAGCUGGUACAAUUUCCGCAGCAAGGUGCAGCAGGUGAUGCUGCAACCGCGAGUCGCGAGAAUGUACACUGGCGCGAUUGAAGAAGCGAGCGUGGCAUUUCUUCGCAGAAUCGCAAAAAUACAAAACCAGAAGAACGAGGUGCCCGACGAUUUUCUCAACGAGAUGCACAAGUGGUCGUUGGAAUCAAUCGCACGAGUUGCGUUGGACGUGCGUCUGGGUUGUCUGGACGACGACGCGGACGCGGAAACGCAGAGACUCAUCGACGCCCUGAUCACAUUCUUCAAGAACGUGCCGGUGCUCGAGUUGAAGAUACCUUUCUGGAAAAUCUUUAACACGUCCACGUGGCAGCAGUACAUCAAUGCUCUGGAUACUAUCAUGAACACAAUAUCGAAAUACACAACUGCCGCUCUGUCGAGGUCCAAGGCCAACUCGGACCCGAACGUGGAACUGUCUCUUCUAGACAGAGUUCUUGCCCGCGAGGGCGACACGAGAGUCGCCUCUGUUCUCGCUCUGGAUUUGUUUCUGGUCGGAGUCGACACAACGUCGACCUCGGUGACCUCGGUGCUCUAUCAGCUGGCGCUACAUCCGGAGAAACAGGCCUUGGCGUACGAGGAAAUUCGCAGAGUCCUUCCGGAAGAGAACUCUCCCAUCGAAGCGAGAAAUAUCGAUAAUUUGAAAUACGUGAAAGCGUGCAUCAAAGAAACUUUGAGAAUGUAUCCAGUUGUUAUAGGCAACGGGCGAUGCAUGAGUUCCGACACCGUGAUUGGUGGCUAUUUAGUGCCGAAAGGAGUGCAAGUGAUAUUUCAACACUAUGCAAUCAGUAAUAUGGAAAAGUACUUCCCGCGAAACGGCGAGUUUCUUCCGGAACGGUGGCUGCACGACGACGGAGUUCGUCACGCGUUCGCGUCUCUUCCCUUCGGUUACGGCAGACGGAUGUGCCUGGGACGAAGAUUUGCCGAGCUCGAAAUGAUUAUCGUCAUUAGCAAGAUUCUGCAAGCUUACAAGGUGGAGUAUCACCACGAAAAAUUGGAAUACUACAUCAAUCCGAUGUACACACCGAAGGGACCGUUGAGGCUCAGAUUUAUCAAAAAAGAUAACAUAAAACAAAUAUAAAUAAUUGUAUACAAGCGCAAUUGAGCAGGAUACACUAUAUUUAGAGUAAAUUUAACAUCUUUUACUUAUUGUUUUAAUCCUUAGAGUACCGUGAGCGAAUAUAUCAACAAAAACUACCGCUUACUCUUAUUUGUUACAUUUAAGAAGAAUUAAAUAUACCUUAAUUUAAUCCAAUUGAAGUGUAAUAUUGGGGACGCAGAGUCAGAAAAUAAAAAAAUUUAAGUUGCGUUUCUUUAUGUUUCGCACAACUCAA